UGAACUAUCAUCGUCUUGGCAGUGCGAGUGGUUGCUUGCGGAGAUUCUACGAGUAUGACGGCCUUCAGGUCUCAGACGAGGCCACUCUUCUUGUAUACAAAACGGUCCUUCAGUGUCACGAAAAUGAUGUCCAGGCUUCCAACACACUCAUUCGUUGCUGCGGUUUUUGCCAUUUCUUCAGUCAUUAGUGGACUUCCAUCUCCGAUUCAGUCCAUUGCGCAGGCUUUUCGUCCUACAGUCGUUCAUAGCUUAUAUACACGGUCCAGCCAGCAAGCCUGACACCAUGUUCUUUAAUUCACGCAGUCUUCUGAGGCUGGCCCUCCUGACUGCCUUCGUUCUCGAAACAGGUGCUCUCAAGUUGGACCCCUGGGGCACCGGUCUUAACCCAGACAGUGUCCCAGGCAAGCCAGCCAAACGAGCACCAGCUCCUCUCAUAUUGAAUCCAAUUACUAACCCGGAAGAUGUCAAAGUCAAAGUGGUUGAAAAACGAAGCCUACCUGCGGUGCAACUGGAACCCAUCAGCGACCCUGGUGUACUGUUGAGAGGCCGGUCUGAGAAACGCGAAAUACCCGGAAACGGCGGUUUCGAUCCUGCCAAACAUUCUACCUUCUUCUGGGGAGGAUAUGCUGGCGAUAAUAUUUUCGUUGCAAACUUUACAAUGGCUGCCCAAAGAGAUGACGAGUAUAUUCUCGCUGUCGAGAACUUCGCAAAGCGCAUGAAGUCCAUAAACUGUGGAGCUCCCGGACAACCCGUGACCCUGGAGUUCGGCGACGUUGAGUCCCUCCAGUACGCAAAAUCGGCAUGGAAGUGGACCGACGACGCGGACAUCAAUCACUUUAUUCUGGUCACAGAACCGAAUAUGUGCUUCCAAGGGGACGACCGAUCCCCAUAUCUCGUUAGCGGGAUCAAAUUCAAUGAUGCUAAGCUGACAGCUGAGAUCACUGCACAAGAGAAGGAAUGGGAGGAAGUAGCACAAUCAUUCAAGCUUAGCGUAAAACACGAGUACGUUGAUCCGGCUACCGCCAAUGUCACUCACCCGCAUCUAGCACGUCGCGGCGAUGAUGAUGAGGGUACCAAGAUGGACAUCUCGAAUACCUUUACGGGGAACAUUUUCAACUACGCCAAGGAUUCGAAGGAGACAGCCGGAAUGGCUCUCAGUGCCGAUCUCGAACUGACAACCGAGGGCAGCAUAAUCGCGGAUUUUGAUGUCGAGAAGAACUUUUUUGGAAUCCCGGAAGAUGUUACAUUUACAAUCCACCCGCAAGGUGUGACUGGAGUCAUGGAGCUGUCCCUUGACGCUGAUGGAAAGCUCGGAAAGGAGUUGCAAUGGGACAUGAAGCCCGAGAUCGAGAUUCCAGUUCAGGCUCUCAAAAUCGCGAAGAUAGUCUCGAUUGGUCCGUUCAUCACUAUGGGCGUUCACUUCGGUUCAUCGGCUCUUGAGGGCACAAGCCAGAUGACCAUUGGAGCUAAGGCUACGUUGAAGGACGAAGCCAAGGUUAAUGUAAGGCUUUCAAAGCCAGAGGAGAACAGUAUCAGUGGUUGGGAGCCAGUUUUUGAGAAGCUUCCCCCAACUUUCAGCGCUGAGGUGGGUGGGAGUAUCCGCGCAUGGAGUGAACUAGGAGUUCAGAUAAAGGCUGAACUCUUCGGAAAAUGGGGCUAUCAAGCCUCUGUGGAUGCUCAACUGCCAUUCUUCGAGGCGAAAAUGUCUGGCGUGGUCGACACCGUUGGUGUCUGUGAGAGCAAAAAGACUGUUGGCGUAAAAGUUGGUACCGACGUCGGUAUCAACGUGAACCUCAACGCAGGUGAUGUCAAUGAAGCUCCUGACUUCCGGAAAGACCUGUACGAGACUGCCUGGCCACUCUACUCAACAUGUAUUCCAGUUGGUCCCGAUAACGCCAAGCCAACCGAAACCCCCGAACCUGAGACCACGGAAGAAGCUGAGCCUGAGCCAACGGAAGAUACAGCCGAGCCUGAAAUGACUGAGGAGCCAUCGAUCGAGACACCGGUGUCCGAAGUAGGCCCGCUUGAGACUGGGACAGGCAACAUGCCAAUGAUGACGGGUGCGCCGAGUCUCAUCACCGGCACUGGUACUGCUUCGAGUGGGUGGCCCAUGGCUACUGGUAACACAACCUUUCUCAGAAUGGCGCAACGCAGGCCUACUGCACUCUUUAUGUAGGUGUCUUUGCGAGACAUCUUCCUGUUAGCUUUUCAAUUUUUAGUGGAUCUUGCAUCUCCCAUAGAUGUUGAAUAGACAUUGGACAAGUCGUGCAGCCCACACACGGUGUUUCGCGGCGUUCCACGGCAUCAUCGGUGUCUUAUUAAAAUCAAUAUGGUAGAUCUACAUGCUACGAAUGAAUGGUGACCAAGCGAGAG